AUGGAGGAAGACGACAACAUGAGCGAAGAGUUCACCGCCGCCGAGAACACGGAGAAGAACAACGAACAGCAGAUCAUCAAUGAAGAGUAUAAGACAUGGAAGAAAAAUGCGCCAUUCCUCUACGACAUGAUUCUAAGCACCGCGCUCGACUGGCCUACAUUGACGACUCAGUGGUUUCCAGACAAGCAAGAAGUACCAGGCAGCAACUAUUCGAAACAUCGGCUGUUGAUUGGAACACACACAGCUCAGGACCAGCCCAACUAUCUACAAAUCGCCAACGUUCAGCUACCAAAUCCACCUGCACCAAAUGCAAAAGACUACAAUGAAGAGACUGGAGAAAUUGGCGGCUAUGGAGGCGGUCCGACAAGCAAGUCUCAGAUUGAAGUCAAGUUCAACAUCAUUCAGAAGAUCACACAUCCCGGUGAAGUCAACCGUGCUCGGUACCAGCCACAGAACCCAAAUAUCAUCGCAACGAUGUGCACAGAUGGACGAGUACUGAUCUGGGAUAAGUCCAAGCACUCCAGUACCCCCUCAUCCGAGAUAAAGCCACAGAUCGAACUGCAUGGUCACGACGCCGAAGGCUACGGUCUCAGCUGGAGCCCGCUUGAGGCCGGCCACCUGGCGACGGCAUCGGAAGACACUACCGUAAGACUGUGGGACAUCACGCAGGCGACCAAGACCAACACGAUUAUUCAUCCAACACGGGUAUGCUCGCACCACGCGUCCAUUGUCAAUGACGUACAAUACCAUCCAUUCCACAGAUCUCUCAUUGGAUCGGUGUCGGACGAUGUGACUUUGCAAAUCAUCGAUGUGCGCUCAGCAGAUCCUACAAAAGCUGCGGUUGUGUCUGGCCGUGAUCAGCACAAAGGCGCCAUCAAUGCUCUAGCGUUCAACCCUGCGGCGGAGACAGUAGUGGCGACUGGCAGCGAAGAUUCCACUAUCGCUAUCUGGGACAUGAGAAAUCUAAAACACAAGGUGCAUGCACUUGAGGGCCACCAAGACAGCGUGACAGCAUUGGAGUGGCAUCCAUUCGAAGAGUCAGUGCUCGGCUCCAGCAGCUACGACCGCAGAAUCAUCUUCUGGGACUUAGCUCGUGUGGGCGAGGAGCAGAACCCCGAAGACAGCCAGGAUGGGCCACCAGAGCUCCUAUUCAUGCACGGCGGACACACUAACCGUAUUAGCGACUUCUCUUGGAAUAUGCACAACGCAUGGGUUGUGUGCAGUGCGGCAGACGACAAUCUCAUUCAGGUGUGGAAAGUCUCGGAAGCCAUUGUUGGCACUGAUGAGGAUGAUGUUGCCAUGGACGAGCUUGAGGCUUAG